AUGGUGAAACGAGGCGUUCAAGAUGCACCGCCGCCCGCGACCCGCAAGAUCGGCAAGAUGUCUCCCUCACCUGUGCCCGAAGCUGCUGGUCCGAAGCCUGCCAUGUAUGUGAAGAUGAAAGAGAUCUUGGGAAGCCCUGCUGUCAAGCAAUUUGUGAAGGAGCAGGGGAAUCGUGCGGUGCCUGUGGCUGGCUUUCAGAUCUAUGACCAGGAGGAUUACACCAAAAACAUGAAGCUGCACGGCGAGUACACCUGCAUCAUGAACGCCACGGCGAUUGAUCCCUUGAUUUUCGCCCACGAGAACAUUCUGCCCGGUGUCGCUGCGGCGGAAAGGAUGAUGGCAUCACACUGGAUGCGGGGCAAAGCAGGAGGCCUCCUUUGGAGCGAGCCUAUUUCGGUAGCAACAACGUCCAAGACGAAGUUGCCAACCGGUUCCCUGGAACCAUUGAACAACGAUCAUCUUCGAAUGGCGUUUUGGCUGACUUUGUUUGAGUCCUUGAAGGGCGGCUGGUCCGACGAGUUGAUCGUGGCCUUCACUGGCAUGCCGGUUCGCCUGGUCUUCGUGGCAUCCGAAGAGGAGAAGGAGGCAUUCAAGUGGAAUCUGAGUGCAAAACUCAGUUCGAUGAACGAGAAUGCAGUGCUGCGUGGAUACAAGAGGAUCCUCGGCAUAGUGUCUGUGAAGGACCAGUUGCAGAAGUGGAGCCGGGACAGCUCGGUUUCGCAAUGGCUCAGCAAGGAGGGCAUCAAUGUGAGCAAGGAAGUGGUGAAGUCCAUGGUGCUCAUCCGGAACCGUAUCGUUGAGGCGGAUCUGUCCGGGACCUUUGACCUGCUCGAGGAGACUUUCGGCAUCAACCACCAGUUGAGCAAGCAGGCGGUACUGGACCGCAUCAUGCAACUCACGAAGGUUGAGAAGGACAGCAAGCAACAGAAUGCACUGUUGCGUUGGGUGGUGUUGGACAUCUUCAACGCACAGAAGGUCAGAGCGUUGACGGACACGGACAACAAGGGCUUUGUCAUCAACCUUGCCAAAGCAUCGCUUCUGUCCCGCAGGCUGUGCUACCUAUUCAUCCACAAGCUUCGGCUGUCGAAAACAGACUGCGAGGGCAUUCGGACGGACGUGACCUUGGGAGCAGGAAAUGUCGCCAAGUCGGCCUUGGGUUUCUACCAGAAUUUCAUGACCCACGAGGCUUGGGAGGCGAGCGAGUUGGGCAGCCUCGCCAGCAACACCCACUGGCUUUCGGACACGUUGCAGUAUCAACAGGACAGCCUGACAUGCAUGCGGCUGUUCUUUCAGCCGACCGUGCAAUGGUACCAGACCCUGGUUGAGUCCAUUGAGAAGGAUCCGGGCAACAUGAACCCAGAGCUGUCCCUGCAGAAUCCGAGAUGGCAGAAGAUGUCCGAGCUGAAGAAGCUUCGCAUCAUCCCGGAGGUGAAACCGCCGCCGGCUGAACCAGCUGAAGUGCUGGAGCCGAAGCAUUUGGCAGCAGAGGACCGGGAUAAUCACAAGCAUGAUCUCUGCCGUGCUGCAUAUCUAGCAGGCCAGCUGGCAGUGACCUGCAUUGUUUGCGAAGGUUUCUGUGCGAUUGCAGCCACAGACUAUGUCAGUUGGGGAGACCAGUGUGGAGUGCAUACACCUGCUGCAUCAUAUUUUCAAACUGACUUGUGUAUCGCACACCAGCCCGAGGAUCCAAAUGACGAGGCCAUGCACAAGGCCUUGGCUGACGGCUUGAACAUGAUGGUGGACAGCGAGGAAGCCGUGGACGCUCAGUCACAGGAAUCGGAGCAAGCAACAAUGCUACAGGAAACUUUCCAGCAUGUGCUGCUGCCUGCAGAUCUGAAGUCAACCUUGCUGAAGAUGGAUACUUUUGAGCUUGCAAAGCUAGUUUCCCAUGCCACCACACGCCAGCGGCUGAGCAUGCAGAUGCCAUCUCAGCCCGCAUCUCCCGACGUGGCUCAGGGAAUCGACGAGUUCAUGGAGGAAUGCUGGGCAGAGCUGCCUGCAAGCAGCAAGCUCGUCUACCUCGAUGGCAAGCACUUCGGCCAGAGCAUCGUGUCAGGCAUGCCGCUUGCAUACCUCAAGGGCUGCUUGGCCAAGGUCCUUGCAGCGACGGCGGAUGCCAAGUUGCGCAGCUUGGGAGCCAAGGAUCUCCUCGUCAUCUCAGACGGUCGCAAUAGUAAGACUGAGCAACAAAUCAAACGGGAAGUGGCCAAGAAGAUCAAGGAGUUGGCCGGAGACAUGUGCCGAAGAAAAAGCACGGUCGCAGUCAGGCUGCUGUACCACUACCGUGAGCUGGGCGAGAACGGACACUUCAACACAAGAAACAAAGCAGCGAUCCAUGCUGCCCUCCCAGACCCAUUGGAGAACCUAUUCUUGAUCAAGACCAGGAAGGAUGGAUCCCUGCCAGCACGUGACAGAAAGUAUGUGGGCCUGGAAGCAGACACGUGCAGCCGAGGCAUGCCAAAUCUGUCGCUGAAGACCCCGUCCGAGUUGGCACUGUGCACACUGAAGCAGGACCUUGCGGAAACGAUUGCAAGCACGUUCUACGACAUGGGGAAGGAGGCCCAGUAUAACGGGUCAGGUUCGGAAGAGGAGGAUCACAAGGCAACCGACAUCGCGACUGACAAGGAGGGCUCGACCAAGUACGUGCCACUGUUCCCGUUUGGCACGAGUUUGAAGCAGAGCCGGGAGUACCUCAAUCUUUGGGGCAUGACCGGAGAGAGUGAGAAACGAUUCGUGCUCGACUUGGCCGCGGGGUCGGGUAUCAUGGCCGCAGCCUGCUGCUGUGAGAACCAAAAGUAUUUGGGAGUUGUGCUCUCGGCAUUGCAGAAAAGCGUGCUGUCGGAGUCUGUGCUGCUGUUCAUCAUGAAGAGCUUGGUACAGGGCGGGGAGCUGCGUAACAUGGAUGCCGUGAAAUCGCCCCAGAAAGCACAUGAGACUCCGGUGACUCUGGCAUCAUCGCAAGCUGAGGCGCCGUCACAGUCGCAAGAAUCGGAGAGCCUGCCGGCGCUGCGUACACUGGACACAGGAUCUGCUGGCACAGACACUUCGCAGGCAUCUGCAAAGCAGAUGGCGUCCGGUGCAGAGCCGACCGGCGCGGGCGAGUCCUCAUCAUCUGACUCGGACAGUUCCUGA